AUGAGCGACCGGGCGAAGACGAGCGAUGAUCUGGCGCAGAGCGCCAAGGCGGCGUCGAUGCAGGCGUUCGUGACGGCGAUGGGGUACGGGGUGGCGUACAUCACCGCGGCGACGUGCAUCAUCUUGCUCAAUAAGUACAUGCUGAGCGUCACGGCGUUUCACUACCCGAUAGUGUUGAGCUCGAUGGGCGUCCUGUGCGGAUGGACGCUGGCGCUCAUCGGCGUGCACGUGACGAAGACGGUGGAUCUCUCUAAUCAUGCCGAUUUGACGUUCGCGCAGUGGUGCAAAAACGUGCUUCCGAUUGGAUUUUUUCAGGGAACGACGCUCAUGUUGGGGAACAUGGCGUACUUUCAUCUCACGCUUUCGUUCUUGCAGAUGGCCAAGGCGGCGUCGCCGGCGGUUUUAUUCUUCGUUUUGUACUUUACAGGAUUAGAUAAAUGGCACACGAAUGUCGCGUUGGGGGUGUUGGUGAUCAUUCUCGGUACUUUGGUCGCGUCGUUGGGAGAGAUGAACUUUACCUGGAUCGGGUUUGCGCUCAUCUUUGGCGCAGAGGUGACCGAGGCGGUGAAGAACGCCCUCAUGCAGUUCUUACUGGCGAACAAGAAAUUUAGUAUGUGGGAAGGGAUGUAUUUCAUCUCGCCCGCGUCUCUAUUCUUCCUCACGAUCGCCGCGACGGCGUUUGAGUUCAAGCACAUGCGCGAGAACGACGCGUGGGGCAUGAUGGUGGACAAACCGUACCUCUUCGCCGCCGCCGGCUUUUUGGGUUUCGUUGUCAAUUUUUGUUCGCUCGGCGUGAUCAAGAACAUCGGUUCGCUUACGUUGAAGGUGCUCGCUCAGAUCCGUUCCGUUCUCAUCAUCAUUUUCGGCGUCAUCUUCUACCACGACGAGGUGACGAUACUCCAAAUGGCUGGCUACGGCGUCGCCGUCGUCGGCUUCGCCGGGUACAACGUCGCAAAGGUCCAGGCGAAGGAACAAGAAAUCUUAGAGCAACGCCGAGAGGAUUCGAUGAAAAAACCGCUUUUACCCUCCUGA